UCAGCGCAAGGCUUUGGCAACAGCCGGAGCGUGGUCAACCUGCCCCAGCCUGACAGAGGGACAAGGGACUGUGGCAAAAGUGUAACUGCGACAGAACAGCAAAAUGAGAACUUCAGCUAAAGUGGUGUUGGUGAGCGUGUGCGUCGUGUACGCAGCCGUCAGGUGGAGCGGACCCAGCUUCGACGCAGAAUCUCUGAGAGGAGCCAGGGUGCUGGUGACUGGGGCCAGUUCUGGGAUCGGUGAACAAAUGGCGUAUCAUUACUCCCGCUUUGGAGCCCAGAUAGUUAUUACAGCGAGGAGAGAGAAGGUGCUGCAGCAGGUGGUAGAGAAGUGCCUGAGUCUGGGAGCCCAGAAAGCUGUGUACGUAGCAGCAGACAUGGCCGAUGAGGCGCAGCCUGAGAAAGUGGUGGACUUUGCUCUGGAGAAGCUUGGAGGUCUGGAUUACCUGGUCCUCAACCACAUUGGCCCGAGCCCCUUCAGCAUGUGGGACGGAGACGUAGAGCACAUGAGGUGGCUGAUGAAGGCCAACUUCUUCAGCUACGUUCAGAUGGCUUGGAGAGCGUUGAGUGCCCUUGAGCAAAGCAAAGGAGCAGUGGUGGUGGUUUCAUCACUUCUGGGUAGAAUGGCCACCCCUUACACAGCUCCGUACACCGCAACUAAGUUUGCCUUGAAUGGUUUCUUUGGGGUCCUUCACCAUGAGCUCUCUAUGAAGAAGAGCAAUGUGUCCAUCUCUAUAUGUACGCUGGGCCUCAUUGACACUGACUCAGCUAUGGAGAAAGUCAGGGGAGUCGUUGAUGUCCCAGCUUAUCCUGCCACAGACGCAGCCUUGAACAUCAUCAUUACAGGAGCCACAAGGCAGCAGGAACUCUACUACCCCUGGUUCACCUACAAUGUAAACCUAAUCAAAGACUGGUUUCCCUCUGUCACAAACUUUUUCAUCCAGAACAGCUACAAAUACAAACCAUGACAAUUCCUCUGUGCGAGUAAAAUGUGAAAUGUACAGUAUGUGUUUUAUUGUCUUCAUGCUGUCAGUCGUUGGACCAGCAGUCCCCGUCCUCAGACUGGCUUAAUGUGAAACACCAUUUUCACAGACCAGUCUGCAGAACUGUGGUGAUGCAGUUAAAAUUCUUCAGUUCUUCAUUGCAUGUGGCUGCAUAUUAGCAGAGUGGGAACAACCUGUAUUAAAUUCAUGUUUCAA